AGAAGAAGAGGAAGAAGGAGAAGAAGGAGAAGGAGAAAAAGGAGGAGAAGAAGGAGAGAAAGAAGAAGACUCCGAUCAGCUAUUUCUCAGCUCUGUGUGACCCAGAUGGAGGGUCCUGUCUCAGAGGGCUCCCCCCCCCUGCCACUCUCCACCCUGCGACUCCUCGUCCCACCAGUCAGGCUGCUAUCAGCGGCCAUCUGGCAAACACUACAGCACAAAACUGUGGCGGAUUAUGGGAUGCUCGAAGAGUUUGUUUCCAUGGUUACAGACAUUAUUCCGGAGCUACUCAGCACCCACCAAAGAACCCAACUCCUGCUGGGCCUCAGAGCGCAGCUCGUCCUGGGGCUAUGUCACUUUGAAGCCACUGCUGACUUAGAGCUGGUUCAGCCGCACCUGGACAGAGUGCAGAUGCUCAUGGAGGCAUGGCCAAUGGAUGCUGGUGCAGCCAAUACGGUAGAGCCACACGCAACAUUUGUGGAUCUAAUUAAGAGCUUGCUGAAGAAUGCUGAUCAAAGAGAACACUUCUAUCAGAACGUUUUCCCUGAACAGUUUGGUCCCACAUACGAUGACAUACUUCAAACCUUGAUGUGGAAGUUUCUGUCCAGACUGGAACAGAUUCUUCCUUUUCAAACUUUCCAACAGGUUGCCUCCACGUUUGGCGAAGUGUCCUCAGUGUUGGGGGAAUGUAUGGAUUCUGUGUCACAGUGCGAGGGGCUGCAAACCCUGCUGCAGUAUCACAAAGACCUCAGCCUUCUGGAUCACAAUGAUAGUUCCUUGGAAGACGCCAGAGUUAUUUCAGUUCUGGAAAUCCCCGCUUCACAACGAAGUGAGACGGACGAACCACAAGCCAACAUCUUGGAUAAUGUGACGUUAUCAGAUUCAACAGUGUCCCAUACCACACAGAGAAAAAUAAACGCAACCACAGAAGAUCGGACAAGGGAGCUAAAGGUUGAUGAAGCUAACUGGACUCUGGGGGACAAUGAGACAGAGGUGCUUUUGGGACAUUUUACAAGACAUGAAGAAACUGUAGGCCUCCUUCAAAGUCAAGUGGAGGAUGGUCCUCUACUUCUUAAGCGAUGCAGUGUCCUGCUUAAAAGACUGGACAUGCCAAUGCAGUCUCGUCCUGUGAGACGAAACAGAGGGAAGCGACUGAAAACGAUUCUGUUGGAAGAGAAGAGAGGUCUCUGCAAAGAGGCCCCCCCUGCCUACAAAUCAGCUUCGAGGAAAACAAAACCCUCUGACAACAUGGAGUCAGGCAUUUUCAGCAACUCGUUAUAUAUGGCUCCUAUCAAUCAUUACAGUGACAAUGACUCAUGGUCUUACUACUCUGAUCAGGACUUUGGCCUUAAGACUCCUAGCAGCAGUCUUAGUGAGGCUGGUUCAUGGUCUAACUACUCUGGUGAAGGGUCUUCCUUUGGGACUCCUGUUAGUCGUCCUAUUGACGGGGAUUCUUUGUCUAGCUUCUCAAAUGAGGACACUUCCUUUAUGGGUCCUAAAAAUAUAUUGUCUACCAGCAAAAACCAGGACACCUCUGACAUCAAAGCCAGCAUUACAAAAAAGACUCGGAAAGUCCAGUGUUUUAUCUGCCAGGAGCUUGUGAAUACAAGCCUGAGAGCCCACAUGAAAAGCCACUUUCCUUUGGGGGAAUACGCCUGCCCCCAAUGCGACAGCAGGUUCAAACUCUACUCAUCCUUCAGGCAGCAUUUCAAUAGAACCUGCUUUGAGUACGGUCAGCAAAAGUUUGAUCUACAGAAGCCAGAAGAAGUCAUGAAUCUUUACAAAUGUGACAAAUGUGAAGAGGCAUUCAGGUAUAAAGUUUCCCUGAAUAGGCACAAACACACCCACAAUGAACUCUACUGCAGUGUGUGUAGGAAGGUGUUACGAGAUGCAGCGACAUUUGCAAGGCACAAGGCUUCUCACACCCCUUUUCAGUGUAACCGCUGUGAGGAGACCUUCACUCUUUUUAAGCCCUUGUCCAGGCACUGUGAAAACAUCCAUAAAAUCAGCCGGCCUUUUAAAUGCAGCUAUUGUCCGAAGGUUGUAUCUAAGCUGCGUGCUUUAAUCACACAUGAGUGGAAACAUACGGGUCAUCUUCCGUUCCAGUGCGCUCAGUGCGGCUUGAGAUACAAAACAGACGGAGAUCUCACUUCCCAUCAGAGAGUCCACACAAGAGAGAAACCCUACCUUUGUGCAGAGUGCGGGAAGACUUUCUCCCAGAAGUCUAACCUGCUGCGCCACCUCAACUUGAUCCACAGCGAGUCUCGAAAUGAGAAGAAAUACUCUUGCCCCGAGUGUGAGAAAUCUUUUAAAGAGAAAGGAGCCCUGAAAAAACACCAGAGGACCAAACACUUUAAUGAAUUGUUCCGUCAUCCGUGCCCGUACUGUGGAAAGAUGGUCUCCUCGUCAACGAUCGCCAGACAUAAAUUAAUCCAUACGGGAGAGAGACCAUUCAAAUGCACGGUGCCUGAAUGUGACAAGUACUUCAGGUCAACUCCUGAAGUGAAGAAGCAUGUUCUCAUUCAUCAUACUACAGAGAGACCUUAUAAAUGUGACAUAUGUGGAAAGGGCUUCAUAAGGAGGUGCUUUCUCAAUGCUCAUGCUAAAACACACUCGGGAGAGAAGCCAUUUGUUUGCCAUAUCUGUGGCAAGGCUUUCCCCAAGCACUACAGCAUGCAGAGACACAAAAAGCUAGUGCAUUCAUUUGUAACGCAUUGACCUGCAUGGUAGGAAAGCUUUGUUAAAGGUACAAUGUGUAGGGUAUACAGAAUUGUAGUUACAAACAUAAUAAAAAAUAACAAAAGGUAAUAUUUCAAAUAAAAUGUGUGAAA